CACUCGAUUCCGCUCGUCCGCUGCUCGUGCGUGAAGACCCACGCAGGACGGACGCACUGACCCCCCCCCCUACCGCCCCGCCCCCUCGCGUGGACCACCGGCGGGUGUCGCCAUGUCUCCGUCCGCGUGCACGGCGUGCACGUUAUUGUUGAUGGUGAUGAUGAUGACGUGCAGCUGCGUGACGGCGCGUGCAGCAGAGGGCGCACAAGAGCAGCAUGUUGAUCUUCCAGGGGCUGUCGUGUCCCCCACCGCGGCCCAGGACAAGCUCUCCUCUCUGGGCUCGCCGCUCAGCGUCAGCCCCCUCUCCGCAGCCGGGGGGUCCGUGGCCCCUGGUGUCCCCACGUCCCCCAGCACAGUGCGGGCUCCUCUCCCGCGCACGCCGACACACGUGUCCGAGCAAACGGAUGAGCUCGCCGCAGAGGCCGCGGCCUCCGUGACAGGAAGUGCAUGGGAAGACUCCGGCUGCUUCAUCACCUUGUCGCAGCCUGAAGGUUACAUUGACUCGUCUGAUCCACUUCCUGUGUCCGGCGGCGCCGUCGCACGCUGCACGUACAUCGUCACCGUGUACGCCGGUUAUGGCGUGGAGCUGCAGGUGAAAAGCGUCAACCUGUCCGACGGUGAGCAGCUGUCCAUCAAGGGAGUGGACGAGGGCGGAGCCUGGCUGGUCCUGGCCAAUCAAACGCUGCUGGUGGAAGGUCAGGUGAUCCGCAGUCCCAGCAACACCUUGUCCGUGUCCUACUGCUCGUCUCUGGAGGGAAACGUGGGCGUGUUCCUGCUGCACUACCAAAUUUUCAGGCUGAGCUGCUCACUUCCCAAGAGGCCUCACUUUGGGGAGGUGUCGGUCCUGGACCUCCUCCCAGGGGGCACGGCCCGCUUCCACUGCCACAUGGGCUACCACCUGCAGGGGGAGCCGCUGCUCACCUGUGUCAACGCCUCGCGGCCGAGGUGGAGCACCAAGGAGCCCGUCUGCAGAGCACUCUGCGGGGGCACAGUGAAGAACGCUACGGUAGGACGGGUUCUGUCCCCGUCCCCUGACCGCAGGCCCAACGCCACCCAGGACCGCUCGUGUUCUUGGUCCCUUGAGGCCCCCAAGGACCAGAGGCUGCACCUGCACCUGGAGCGCUUGGUGCUGGGACCCUCUGACAGGCUGGUUCUGUGGAGCGGCUUGGACGCGGGUUCCGUGGUUCUGUUUGACUCGGGUCGAAGCGGACACGUCCCUUUUGAGGGUGUAAUCAGCGAGGGUCCUGCGGUAAGGGUCCAGUUCAUCACGGAGCAACCCAGCCAGAACACAGGAUUUAACAUCCGCUUCGAAGCCUUUGAGCGGGGUCACUGCUACGAGCCUUACCUUCAGAACGGCAACUUCACUACAUCGGACCCCCUCUACGGCGUGGGAGCGGUGGUUCAGUUCAGCUGCGACCCGGGUCACUCCCUAGAACAAGGCCCGCCUGUCAUUGAAUGCAUCAGUGCCAGGGACCCGUACUGGAAUGACACAGAACCGCUCUGUAAAGCACAGUGCGGGGGCGACCUGAGCGGUCCCGGAGGGGUGAUUCUGUCCCCCAACUGGCCCGAGUGGUACGGCGAAGGCGAGGACUGUAGUUGGCGACUCCACGUGGGCGAAGACAAGCGAGUGCUGCUCGACAUCCAGCUCCUGAAUAUCAGCGAUGGCGAUGUGUUGACUGUCACUGACGGUGAUGAGGGUGUGGCCCAGGUCCUAGGACGCUACCCGGGGGGCGGCAGCCCUUUCAAGCUCUUCUCCAGCACCCCCGACCUGAGCGUCACAUUCCACUCGGACCCGGCUGGGCUGGUUCUUGGCAAAGGAGAGGGCUUCAUCAUCAACUAUAUGGAGGUGUCUCGGAACGACUCCUGCCCCGACCUGCCAGAGAUUCAGAACGGCUGGAAGACGAGGUCGCACGUGGCGCCGGUCCGAGGCGCUCGCGUCACCUACCAGUGCGACCCGGGCUACGACCUGGUGGGCCGGGAGACCCUCAGCUGCCAGCUGGACCUCUCGUGGAGCUCGCAGCCUCCAUUUUGUGAAAAGAUCAUGUACUGUUCUGACCCGGGUCACGUGGAACACUCCACCCGCUCCCUGUCAGACUCCAAGCUGCUGGUGGGCGCCACCAUUCGCUACCGUUGCAACCCCGGCUACGUCCUGCAGGGCGGCGCCACCAUCACGUGCUACGGCCGCGAGCCAGGGACCCCCGUGUGGACCUCGCAUCUCCCCCACUGCGCUGCUGAGGAUUUGCUGUCCUGCGAGAACCCGGGCGUCCCCGACAACGGCUACCAGAUCCUGUCCAAGCGGGUCUACCUGCCCGGCGAGACGCUCGCCUUCGUCUGUUUCCACGGUUACCAGCUCAUCGGGGAGGUGGCCAUCAGGUGCGUCCAGGGAAACCCGUCGUUUUGGAGCGGUCCGCUCCCGCUCUGCACAGCUGACCACGCCUGCUUCAGCAGCCACGCCCUGGAAGUUGCGCACGCCAGCAGCGGAUCGGUGCUGGACGGCGGUAACGUGGCAUUAGCCGUCUUCCUCCUGGUCGUCCUGCUGUCUGCGCUGCUGGGAGGCGUUUAUGUGCUCGUCACACGGUGCCGCCGUCCGUCCAACCUGCGGCUGCCCCUCAUCUACCCCCACCGGUACAGGCAGAUCACCGCGGAGGCGGAGUUUGACAACCCACUCUACGAGGCGGGCGGGGACACUCGGGAAUACGAAGUGUCCAUCUGAGGAACGCUGCAGUCCCCCCCCCCACCUCGCCACCCAGAGGGAGGUGAUGUAAAUACGCUCAAUGAUGUCCAGCCCCCUUCUCGGGAAGAAGGCGAGAUUGGGCGGGGCUACGGAAAAACAGCGCUCAUCUUCAACGUCUUCAUCAUCUUCAUGGCACAAAGACGAGCAGCCAUGUUUUCAUGGACAGGAGACUUCUUUAGGCAUGUUUGUUGAAUGUUGACAUUUUAAACACGUCUUUUUGUGUCUGUUGACCCCAACAAACCUGUCAGUCAAAGAUCAGGGUAUAGUUUGCUAGCACGACUGCUAAGCUAUUGUUAGCUCCUACGUGGAGGGUCGCCACCUGCUGGCUAUUAGUGAUGUUUCCUAUCUCUAAAAUGUUUUUUGUUUUUUACUCCAAGUAAUGAUCAACAACAUCAUCCUCAUCUUGUAAAUAUGUAAAUAAAUUAUGUAUUUUAUGUCUUUAUUUAUUCAUGUGCUGUUGUCUGACCAUUUUCUUGAUGCCCUAAAUAAAUGGUACUGUACGUG